AUGACAGAGUUUAACGGAGAGGAUCAAGCUAAGCCUUUAGCCCCACUUUAUCUCACUCCCCGUAGCGACCAACCCGACAAAGAUCAAUACCAAGACCGAACCAAACAACACAUCCACCAACACACUCGGACCAAACUCAUAUUAUUCUGUGGUUUCAUCGCAUCUUUAACCACACUCAUCGCAGUCACUUUCAUCGUCCUCUCUCUCACAAUCUUCCAUCUCCACAAUCCUAAGCUCACCGUAACUUCCAUCUCCCUCAUCCAACCGCUAGAUAUCAUCAACGGUAAAGUCAACACGACAAGAAACGCUACCGUUGCAGUGGAUAUCUCGUUACAUAAUCCAAACCCGGCUGUGUUUAAAGUUCAAAACCUUACGGUUUUGUUUUACCACGAUGAACUGGUGGUAGUGGUUGGGGAGAGUACUAUAAGAAGUGAAACUAUUCCGGCGAAACGGACUGUUGAGAUGAAUCUGACGGUAGAGAUUGAUACGAGAAAGCUACUAGCAUCUGUUCCAGGUUUAAUGGAGGAUUUUAACGGAAGUGUGGUGUUGAGAAACAGAGUUGUGGUUAAUGGUAAAGUGAAGAUGAUCAAGAUUUUCAAGAAAUCAGUUCAGCUUCAUACAGAUUGUGAAGUGACGAUGAUGAUGAUUAACAAUUCAUCAAAGCCAGCUUUUGACUGUAAUAGGACAAGAAACACUUACGAACAUAUUCGAAACUGA